UCUCUGUCUCUCUCUCUCUGUCUCUCUCUGUCUCUCUAUUCACUCAGUUCUCUCUCUCUCUCUCUCUCUCUCUCUCUCUCUCUCUCUCUAUUCACUCAGUUCUCUCUCUCUGCUUGGUGGUUGCUCAGAAGAGGCACUCCUCCCUCCUCAUAUUGGUUUCCCCUGACAUGACACAGGCGCUGUAGCUCAGUGGAUAGCUUCGAAACAGACAGGAGGGUACGUUCUAUUGUGUGUCCUGUACUUGUCUUCCUCUCCAUGAGGUGCAAGGAGGCGGGUGGCUAUUUGAGUGAGUUUUGCGUUUGACAAUUUUUUGGGGGUAAAAGAGCGUUGUUUAUUCGAGGAUUCGUCUUAUUUUUCCUCAAAUUUUUAACUUCUGAUACUGGACAUUGCAGUACAUGAGGUGAGAUAUCUGUAUUGUUUUGUGAUUCUUGUCACAGUAUGCCCAUCUAGACGAAACUGCACAGCUAUCAAAAACCAUGUCUGAGGGUGUCGUCAGAAAAAUCCAACCCUUUACCAUUGGGACCAGGCUGUCUGUCCCCUCCGAAGCCAAAUGCCAGGAGUUCGUGGACGUCUAUCUGCCGAAGUCUGCUGCUCCGAAAAAGUUGGAGCUACACGACCAAAUGUCCCUUUACGUGGGCCAGUCCCAGGGGUGGCCUGGGGACUCGGAACUCCCACAAGUGGCCCCCCAGGUCUACGCUUCAACACCAGAGGGACAUCAGGAUGAGAGAGUGGAGGAGGACAGGAAUUCUGUGUCCCCCACUGCAUCCUCUAGAUCCAUCAGGAAGAUUGCUAUUUGCCGGAACGUCGAGACAGUCCCCGACGUGUCCGUGUGUGACUCUGACCUGGCCACCUCAGUUAGAUCCACGUCAGAGACCAUCCGAAGCAACUGCAACAGUGUUCACCCAAAACCGCCAUCCUUGAUGGUAGAGGACGACUUGGAUAAGAGGUCCAACUCUCAGUCUAAGGUGGACUCUUGGUUCAAGAGGAAGUAUUGGGAUCUGAAGUAUGGCUGUAGUGUCCUUGGAUGUCCUUUGCAGGACCCAGAGGACGCGUCACCGACCCAACAGCGAGACCGAAAGGACAUUGAGAAUUCCCUCAUACAGACGACGAGAAGUCUGGACAUAAAACAGGAUGGACAUCAGUACGAGACGCUUGACGCGGAGACCGACCACAGGGGAGAGAAGAGGAAGAGACUGCAACAGAUAGAAGGCAACAAAAUCCCUUCUGGAGAGAACACCGUGAACCAAACCUGGCUGAGGUUCCAGUCACUGUUAAGAAACUAUCACCAAGACCUCAAACUGGCUCUGGACGUCUCCUCCUUCUACCAACAGGCUGACACCAUCAUCUGCACCAUCAACAGGAAGAGAAGCGUCCUGUCUGGAUCAGAUAACCAGGAGAGCUGCGGUCAGACAGAGAUCUACAAUAUUGCCAGCCAAAUCAUGAUGCUGAACGAGACUGUUUCACGCCUUUCGGACCUCCACCCUACCCUGGCUGCCAGAGUGACGCGGAAGCAGGCCGAGGUGCAGGAGAGCUGGGGCCUUCUCCAGGAGGGUAGUGGGAGCGAGUGGCCAGAUUUGCCCACCACCCUUGACAUAAACUUCUCCUGCGACGAACCUGGCUCACACAGUCAAACCAGAGAUUCGGAACAUGAGGCCCAGAGGACCAUAGGAAAGGACAUCAAAGAGGAACAGAACCGUCUCAAAGGGUUCGAGAACACAAAAGACUGUGGUGUCCCCGGGAAGCUGACUGUUUGUCAAGUUGAAGAACAGCCUUCUGAAAUCUAUGCCCGAGUCUCCUGUGACACCGCCAGCAGUCUGGAUGACUUGAUUGGAAGACGGCGUGCGGAGAGGCAAGGAAAGGACCAGACAACCCAUUUGAACACUUGUUCUCCAGAUUCCCAAUCGGAACUUGGUAUUCAGUUGCAAAAUUCUACCACAUCUGCUGAUAAGGAAAAGCCAGGGUCAACCCAAGGCCAGCACAAAGGUGGUGUGAAGAUGGAGGACCUCCUUGGCCAAGUGGAGACGCUAUGGGAAGUUCUGAGGAGAAGACAUCAUAGAAGCAUGAUUGAUGCAAACAGCUCUGAGAGGCUCAACUUGGAGAGGGAUGACAACCAUGAGACAGACAAGGAUCGGCUCGAAGGACGCAUGUCAGAAUACAGGGCAACCACGGACAACGUGGAAUUCUGGAGCGUCCCAGAUGUCGAGGAUCUCUCUGAGACAUUGGAGGAAAACGACAGAGGAAUGCUGACAGAGCUGCUGAGGUGUCUUGACCACGAUGAAAACUUUGAUCGUUGUGAGGUAGAGGAACAGACCCUUACUGGACAAAUGGAUGACCAGGGGUGCAUGGACCACCCUAUGGAGGAAUUGGUGGAGGUCCUGGAGGGUCUUGGUGAAGCAGUGGAGAAAAGAGGACAUUCCCUCUAUCAAAGUCAAGACACCCAAGAACGUAUGAGUCAGCAAUCAACACUGAAGCUGCGCAUCAACCAGCUCUUGUCCAGGUGUGCAGAGUUCAGCAUGAACAUUCUGGACACUGAGACAGACAUGGCGGUCAGAUGUGAGCCCUAUAGUUCUGAACUCGAGGGACUGCAGGAGCAACAGGAUGAGCUAGAGAGGGACUAUCAGGUCAUAAAAGAGGAGGUGGAGGAGAUGGAGGGACUGGCUUCGCAACUACAGGUCCUCCUACCUGAGAUGGCAGGGGCUUUGGGGGAGAACGUCCAUGCGACCCAGCAAGCUUGGCAGGAGUUGGGCUGGAGCAUGGCAGAGAACCAAUGCAACCUCCAACAAUUUCGGCAACUGCAAGACUUUCUUAGGGCCUACCUGGCCAUGAUCUCAUGGACAGAGGACACACAGACUUGCAUUUUUACAGAGGCUUCAGCCCAGCAGUGGAGAUUGGCAGAAUCGAGUGUUCCAUCUGAGCUAGAUCUGAGGAUAGAGCAGAAGUUUGACGAGUUUGACAAGCUCGCUGCUGCUGGGCAGAAGCUUAUCAAGGAGCGACAUCACUUGGCAGAUAUUAUAAAGGAGAGGACUGAGGAACUGCAAAGCAUGCUGGGAUGGAUCCUGGUGUACUGGAGGGCGCAGAAAGACCAGCUGGGUCGGGAGAGGUCAAGGGAUUCAAGAAGAAGUGAUGCCCCUCAGGGAGACGCAACCAGAUUUUCACAAGGCCAACCCCAGACUCUAUCCUCUCUGGCAGAACACAACAAGUCCUCGGAAAGACUGUCCACAAAGCACAGGCUGAUGGUGGCGAGCCGGUUUGAAGGACCACAAAAAUCCCAAUCGGGGAUAGUUCACCAUGGAGAAAACUUUGCCAAGCUGGUAAACGUCACACCACACGUCCCCUUGGCUGUGGCAGUAAACUCGCCCAGCAUUAUCCUUGAAGAGCCCUGUGCUACUGUCACCCCACUGGGCAGCAGCAUCAACCUCAUCCUCAGUUUUGACCAACAGCCACCAGGGGGCAGUCUGCAACAGGGGCCAGUGGAGCCAAGGCAGGCAGUGGUGAGCACCUAUCUGCAAGUCACAGACGGAAGUCCUGUUUUUGAAGAGGUGGCAUCGCCUCAUAUCCCAGACAGGAGCCACCUGUCAACCACCGUUUCCACAAGCUCAACCAACGCUACUUUCGUACCCCAAGUCAGUACUGUCUUGCUCCCCACCUUACCCAGAACCAGUCCCACCUCUACCUUAAACCUGAAGGGACCGAUGAAAAGGAGGAAGAAAAUUACACACAGGCACACUGUGACUGGCAUUGUCGGAAUGCCCAAGCCGGAGGGGGUUACUACCGUGCCCAUCGGUGCCGCACACAGAGCCUACACCUGGCCACUGGAGGAUAAGAAGGAAUGCCGUGCCAAACAAGGGAGUCCAGUAAAUACAGAACUCCAACUGUAUAUCAAAAAUAAUUCUGUGGUGAGUGUCAUAGAUGGAAACUCUUCAGACACGUCAAGCAAUCCUACCGUUCCUACCAUCCAGGGGCAUUUCUUGCAUGGACCCAAUGAGAUGACCAUUAGGCAAGACAAGAGCCACUAUGGCGUUAUCCCUCUUGGGUCGAUGUUGAGCUUUGACCUGCCCAAGGAUUGGGGGAAAAUCUCACAGAUGGGUGCAAAAGACCUCACAACUGAGAAAGUGCCUUCUGAAGCCAACAGGGACCAUGCCAGUCCACCUUUGAAUCUGUAUAGACCAUCGUGCUCAAACACACUCGGUCAGACUCACGUAUCGUCCAAAGUAAUUGGACAGACUUUCGCCCUCAGUCCAGAGAAGGAAAGGCAUCUUGAAGCUGAUGGGGAACAUGACAGUCCGAAUGGUUCACCUUCGAUUCCGUGUAGACCGCCAGGAUCAAAUACACUCAGUCUAACUCAGAAAGUGAUUGGGCAGAAUUUCACCCUCAGUCCAGGGGACGAAAGUAUCUGCAAAACAGGGGACUAUGCUGGUCAAAAUGGUUCACCUUUGAAUCUAUACAAAUUGGCAGACUCACACUCACUCAGUCAGACUCACAAAGUGAUUGGCCAUACGUUCGCCCUCAGUCCAAAAGAGGAAAUGAGCUGUGAAACAGCAAGGCAGGACUUGCAGAAGGUCAGCGCAGAGUCUGCUUCUCUUUUGGUUCAGUGUGUCUCGCUACCUGCGAAAGAUGACGCCUAUCACGACCUAAGAUGCGCCACGAGGAGUCCUGCCCUUGCUGCUGGACAUGAGCACAUUUUCUCCAGCACUGUGGGUCUCCACGAUGAGGAUAAGGUUGAGAGUUCUGUUCCAGUGGCCAUUUUGGACUCUGAACCACACUGCAGCAGCUCGAUGAUGCAUGACCACGCCCGCACUGAACCGCCACCGAACCACAAGCACAACUGUUUAAGUGUUCACACUAAGAUUCAAGACCUCAAUGACCACAUAUACUUCCCUUCGGCAAAGAGGCAAUUCACUUUCCAAAGCGCACUUCGAGUUGUAGAGAUCAAGAUCUUGUCUACUGUGUCUGAAGACUCCACGUGGAUGGGUGUGCGCAGGUCUGGGCGAGUCAUUGUGUGCUCUGAGGACAACUGUUGCGUGUGCUCCGACAGCUCCGCACCCAUGAUGGUAUUGGAAAAAGAAACUUCACCCAAAAGAGAACCAGAUCAUAUCCAUCCUGAUCAUUGGCAGUUUGAGGAGGAGGAAGAGGAGCUGGAGGAUAUUUGGAAUGGCACAGACCGGGAAAGAGCGCCUUGAAUUACUGUGGUCCAAAAAUAUGAGGUGGUGCCCAUGCCACACUGAAGCACAGACCAGUGACCAACCAGCCAGAGAUUAAAGUGUCCCUAAACGUAUAGCGUCUCAGAGUAGGAGUACUGAUCUAGGAUUAGUUAGAUUUUUUUUUAGAUCAUAAUGAAUAAGAUGAUAUGACAGAUCCUAGAUCAGCACUCCUACUCUGAGAUGCUUUGUGGGAUUCGGGCCCAGAUCUAUGAUCAGUUUAUUCUGCCCCUUAACCAACCUUGACUCAAAAUGGACUUUAACUUCACAUUGUCUCAGUGACAUUAGAGGACUAUCGUGUGCAAGCAGCAGUGGUGGAGAAAGUACUCAAUUGUCAUACCUUAAUAGAAAAUGACUCAAGUCAAAGUCACACAGUAAACUAUUACUUGAGUAAAAGUCCAAAGGUAUUUGGUUUUAAAUAUACUUAAGUAUCAAAAGUAAACUGAAUUGAUAAAAUGUACUUAAGUAUCAAAAGUAAAAGUAUAAACCAUUUCAAAUUCCUUAUAUUAAGCAAACCAGAUGGCACAAUAAUAAAACAAAUGUUUUAAUAGACGGAUAGCCAUGGGCACAAUCCAACCCUGAGACAUAGUGAGUCUGCCAGAUCAGAGGCAGAAGGGAUGACCAGGGAUGUUCUCUUGAUAAGUGUGUGAAUUGGACCAUUUCCCUGUCAAACUGUAACAAGUACUUUGGGUGUCAGGGAAAAUGUAUGGAGUAAAAAGUACAUUAUUUUCUUUAGGAAUGUAUUGAAGAAAAAUUUUAAGUUGUCAAAAAUAUAAAUAGUAAAGUACAGAUAUCCCCCCAAAAAUACUUAAGUACUUUACACCAGCUGCAAGCAGUCUGCAGGAAUCUCACUAGAGGAGACUGAAAACAUCCAUACAAGACCAAAGUAGUUAUGAAUGUACUGUUCUUCAAUAAGGGAAAUUAGCUAGAAUUCCCCAUAUUAAACUCUUACCUGUGAUUUUGACUAGGUAUCCUCAACCCAUUUUUUUUAACCCUUAUUUUACCAGGUAAGUUGAACACAUUCUCAUUUACAGCAAUGACCUGGGGAAUAGGUACAUGGGAGAGAGGAGGGGGGAUGAAUGAGCCAAUUGGAAGCUGGGGAUGAUUAGGUGGCCAUGAUGGUAUGAGGGCCAGGUUGGGAAUUUAGCCAGGACAUCGGGGUUAACACCCCUACUCUUAAAAGUGCCAUGGGAUCUUUAGAGACCACAGAGUCAGGACAUCCCGUAUCAAACGUCCCAUACCAAAGAUGGAUUUCCACUCAAUAAUUGAUGGAUGUCAAUGGCCAAUGGAGGGCCGAAGCACUACAAUCUUCUUUGUGUCUCUUUCCAUUGGUUACUGGCUGUUACCAUGACUUGACUGCCUGAUACAACAUAAAGCAAUACACAUUACUGUAUUGAAGCAAUCAGACACUUGAUGCAGGGUCACAAAUAGUGCAAUACACUGAACUGAAUAGACUUACCCCAUGGAAUACCAUACAAGAUUAUCAAAAUGUAUUUGCUCUGUCUCUUUAAUGCCACUUGGUGUCUAAUUUCUUUCAACUGUGUAUGAAUUGCAUGCAGGGCACAUAAAGGAAGAACUGCCAUUGAUACCUAUUUUAAUCUGCUGUACAGUAGACUAUCAUUUAUAAUUGUAAUCACUUUUGUAAAGAAAAAAUAAAUAAAUCAAAGAUAA